AUGGACUCAAGCGUAGCCUUUGUGAAGCUACAUGCGAGUUGGGAGCUGUUGCUGUGCUAUGCUGAACUUCUUGGCUUCAGGAUGCCCGUCAAGGUAAAUCCGCUUUACGAAGACGCGGACGACGAUGUCUCAGAACACACGUCGAGUUUCGCAGGGAGAUUCUUCGACUACGACAGGAAAUUGAUACCGCGAGAAACGAAAUAUUACCGAGCGAAGAUUUCCUCCGAUAAGCUCUCAUUAUUCAUCGUCGGAGAUCGUGAGACAUUUUUCAGUCCCGCUCAAAGGAGUCGUAUAAUGUGGGAAGUAAUGAUCAGAACCUAUUUCGGGAGCUCACCGAACAUGAGAGGAAUAUCUGGCCUGUUGAAUGACGGAACAUUCAAAGCAGCAUAUCCGUUACACGACAUACUACAUAGAGCAUGGGCGCAUCCCUCGGCAUGGUAUCGGCAUCAACCCAUACAUCUCAUCAGAAGAUAUUUCGGUGAGAAAACAGGCUUUUACUUCGCCUGGUUGGGCUUCUACACGUCAGCUCUUCUCCCUCCAGCCGUACUUGGCAUCUUCGUCUGCCUGCACGGUUUUGUGGAAUUAUACACCUCAGUGCCAAUACAUGACACGUGUGAGAACAAGUUUUCUGACACUGUCAUAAUGUGUCCCAACUGUCUUUCCUGCAAACUGCUCACUCUGCGACAGGAUUUAUGCGCGUCGAUAAAAGUGAACGCUUUCUUCGACAACACGGGCGCUGUGAUAUUCUCGAUUUUCAUGAGCGUUUGGGCUCGGAUCUUCAUCAAAUUAUGGAAGAAACGAGAAUCGACCCUCGUUUUUGAGUGGGCGGUACCCGAGGACGAAAUGGGUCAGGAGGAAAUCAAUCCAGAUCUGGAAGCAACAGCGGCAAUCUACCGACUGAAUCCUGUGACCAUGGAUUACGAACCCUACAUCCCCCUCUGGGAACGUGUCGCUAGGACACUGAGUGCGGCGUCCGUUGUCAUUUUUAUGAUAUUCCUCGUUUUCGUCGCAGUUUUCGGGAUCAUAGUCUAUCGGUCUGUGAUGGAGCAGAUGCUGAAUAGACAUACGAAAGAGGGAAGAGAUGAACUAAGUUCUGCUCUACAAAAUCCCGUACUUUCGUCGAAGGCAGUUGCGUCCGCAACGGCUUCACUAGUGAAUCUGAUCUGCAUCUGGUUGCUGAGUUUCGUCUACGAGAAAAUAGCUCGAGGUCUCACGCAUAUGGAACGCCAGCGAACCAUAUCCGAUUUCGAAAACAGUUAUACGGUUAAAAUGUUCCUGUUUCAAUCCGUAAAUCAUUAUAUCGGUCUCUUCUACAUCGCAUUCCUCAAGGGCAGAUUCCAGGGCCAUCCUGGACAGACCGCGUCGAUUCUCGACGCAGACAUGGAAACGUGUGAUGGGGGCUGUCUAUAUGAAGUUUUCCUCCAGCUGUUCAUCAUAAUGGUUGGCAAGCAAAUUGUUAACAACGUCCAGGAAUUUUUGACACCAGUGUUCUUCAGAUGGUGGAAAUACCGACGCACAGCUGCGAGCAAAGGCCGGGUUUUGACUCGCUGGGAAAUGGAUUACGAGCUCAAAGAGUGGACCAUGCUCUCCUUGUUCGAGGAAUAUCUCGAGAUGGCUCUCCAGUUCGGAUUUUGUACGCUAUUCGUCGCCGCUUUCCCGCUGGCUCCCCUCUUCGCCCUGCUCAACAACAUCAUAGAAAUUCGUAUCGAUGCGUACAAAUACGUCGUGCAGCAGAGAAGACCUCGACCGCAGACAGCGCGCAACAUCGGCGUCUGGCACAAAAUCAUCGAGGGAAUUUCCCUUUGCGCCGUCGUUUUCAACGCGUUUUUCAUCGCGUUCACCACGGAGUUCAUCCCGAGGGCCAUGUACCGACUGGACCACGGUUCUCUCGACGGCUAUGUCAACUCUACGCUUUCACGGUUCGCCGUGGCUGAUUAUCCGAAGAAACCAGAUGUACUCCAAAACAACGCAAGCAUCACUGAUUGCUGCACAUAAUUUUUCUACUGGCUCUACUCGUUUCAUCGGCGAUCCCCUACGUGUCAGAGGACGUGAAAAUCCGCACCAAGAAAGAACAGAUACUAACGCAGGAACUCUUCAUGAAAGCUGAUCUAGGUCGCAGCAGAGG